AUGUUAAUUUUUGUUUCCCCACUUCUAUUCCGACGUUCUGAAUUUGUUGAAGACACGCAAGAGCAGCAUCAGGAAUCCCUCAUCCCACCCCGGUUGUGUCAGCCUCAUGGAAAAGGAUUAUCUCAAGCCGAUUUGGAUUGUCUUCGAAAUUUUGUUUACGACUUCGUGGUUCGUUGUCUGCUACCAUGGGUUGAGCAAACCAUACGAAAUUUGACCGAACAGACUGCCCAUCGGAUGCGUCUUUCACGUUCACUCUUGAGCGCCACGAGGAAGUUUUUUGGCGGCACUGUCAGUACUGGAUCCAGUGUUACCUCAUCCAACAAUGCGCUUAAUCCGUCCGCUCAGUCAUUGACCACCGCUCCUUCCACUCUGCACACUUUUGGCAACUCUCUCGGCAUCAUUGGAAUGUUGGGCAGUGGCGGCCACAUCCCCCCAACCAGUAGCGAAUCUGUUAUGGCACGUACUUCCAUCGCUUCGUCUCGUGAAGAAUUACGGCCUGCGCUCACGCCACAAUCCGCACCAAUAGUCGUGUACACCUCAGACGCUUCGGAAAUGCAGAUGCGUCGUUUGGCCGACUUAGCUUUUCUCUUUCAACAAUACGAAGUGGCGCAUCAGACGUAUAAUGUGCUGAGACGGGAUUUUCAAAAUGACUCAGCCCCUUUGUAUUGCGCUGGCGCACAGGAAAUGUCUGCCCUCUCGAUCUUCCUCCAGGGCACGACCAGCCAACGUCAGUACCCACACCAUUAUGUGGAUUCCGCAGUCACCGCUUAUCUCCAGUCUUGUCGACACUUGUACUCUCAACCUAACCGUUCUGUCUAUGGCAUAAAUCGUACCACACGCUUAUGA